GCAGCGCACCGCCACCGUGCGCGACCUGAAGAUGGCGCUGCGCAGCGCCGUCGAGCUCGAGCUGGCGCGCCGCGGCGGCCGGCGGCGGGCCAUCAGCUGGCGGUACGUGUGGCGCGCCAACUGGCUCUCGUUCGGCGGCCGGCGGCUGAAGGACGAUAACGCCCGACUGGAGAAGCUUGGUAUAGGUAACCGGGCCGAGGUCCGGUUCGUGAAGAGGAUCCGCGCCAAGCGAGGACAGCGCGACAAGAAGGGCGGCCAGGUGUGAUCGGAUACACUCAGGGCCAUGUCCAGUAAGAAGAAACCUGCUCGCUUGUCUCGCGGCGGCAGCACGCCGCAGAAGUCUGUCCGCCCGUCGUCUGCUCAGUGGCACCACUGCGGCCAGUGUGACACCUGGCUGCCAGAACCGGCGUCCGACGGUCAGUGCUGCCUGUCGCCUCCUCCGCGCGGCUGCGUGCGCGCCGGACGGCUGUUGGCUAGUGGCUGGCUGCAGCCAGCGCCACAGCAGGCCUGGCCGCCCGGCUGGGCGCGCGCGCUCUGUCUGGUACCGGCGCCAGCGGCGAGCGCGCUGGGCCUGCGCGCUGGGGACCGGGUUCAGGUAGUGUGCGGCCGGCGCCGCGCCGUCUGCCGCCUGUGGCCGCUGCCGGCCGGCACCGACAGCCCGCCGGCGGCUGUGGCAGUGCCGGAGCCGACGGCCGCCCGGCUGACACCGCUGGACGAGCCGCCCGCGCUGCGCCCGGUGACCGGAGCGCUGCUGCCGGCCGCUCGACUCCAACUCGCCCCCGACCGGGCGCUGCCGUUCGCCGGCACCGACCGCUUCCGGGAGCAGUUGGCGGCCGAGACGCGUGGCCUGGUGUUCGGCGUCGGCGACCGCUACGUCACCUCCUUCAUGGGCACGCCCCUGACACUCACAGUCACCGAGGUAACCGAGGCCGGAGCGGAAGACGAACUGGCGUGCCGACUGGCGCGGUUGGCCGUGUCCGGCUCGGAGCUCCCAGCUGGCGGUGGGGACGCACCGGCUGUGGUUCAAUCACCUCGGAACUCCGAGAGACGUGCGAACCUUGACGACCGACUGGUAGAGGUGGCGGAGGAGACUGAGCUAGUCGUAUCUCUCUCCUCGGAGCCGGCCCCGCCGCCACCCCCGCCACCGCGACUGGGAGGGUUGACGGACACGCUCAAAUACCUGCGCUCAAUGAUCGAUCAGGUGCUGAAGGAGUGGCGGCCCGACGACGCUCGGCCGGCGCUCGAGCUGCCUCGUGGUGUUCUUCUCUGGGGGCCGUCUGGCACGGGGAAGAGCGCUCUGGCGACGGUACUGGCGGCGGAGUAUGGCUCCAGGUUCCAUCUGAUCCGCGGCGCCCAGCUGGCGAGCAAGUACCAGGGCGGUACCGAGGAGAACCUGAGGAACAGUUUCGAGGCGGCGCGCCGCCUCCGCCCGGCCGUGCUGUUCAUUGACAAUGUGGAGGCGGUGGCGGGUCGGUCGGACACCGGCUCGGAGCGUCAGCGCCGGCUGCUCACUUGUCUCCUCUCGCUACUGGACGAUGCCGCCGGGCUGGCCGUGGUGGCCGCCACCGCCGCGCCGGGCUCUCUGGACCCGGCCGUGCGCCGCGCCGGCCGCCUGGACCGUGAGCUGGAGCUGACGGUGCCCCGACCGGCGGACAGGACAGAGAUCCUCACCGCCCUGCUGCCCGGCCGGCCGGCCGACCAGCUGGCCGCCGUCGCCGCCGCCGCGCACGGUUAUGUAGGCGCCGAUCUGCGUGCGGUGGUCAGUGAGGCCCGCCUUCUAGCCACGGAGAGGAGCGAACACGAGCCGACGCUGGCCGAUCUGAUGGCAGCUCUGCGCCGUGUCAAACCCAGCGCCAUGCGAGAGGUGCUCGUGGAGGUGGCUGACGUUAGGUGGAAGGAUAUUGGAGGCCAGGAGGCGCUCAAACUGAGACUGAAACAGGCUGUUGAUUGGCCCAUCAACCACCCAGAGGCGUUCAAACGGAUGGGCGUCACACCGCCGAAAGGCGUGCUCAUGUACGGGCCGCCGGGCUGCUCCAAAACCAUGAUCGCCAAGGCGCUCGCCACCGAGAGCGGUCUCAACUUCAUCUCCAUCAAGGGCCCGGAGCUCUUCAGCAAGUGGGUGGGGGAGUCGGAGCGCGCCGUGCGGGAGGUGUUCCGCCGCGCGCGUCAGUCGGCGCCCGCCGUCGUCUUCUUUGACGAGCUGGACGCUCUGGCGGUGCGGCGCGGUGACUCGGGCGCCAGCAGUGUGGCUGAGCGCGUGCUGGCGCAGCUGCUGACUGAGAUUGACGGCGUCAGCGCGCUGCGUGACGUCACCGUCGUGGCGGCCACUAACCGGCCCGAUCUGAUCGACCCGGCGCUGCUGCGGCCCGGCCGGCUCGAUCACGUGGUCCACGUGCCGCUGCCGGACGCCGAGACACGUGCCGAGAUCGGCCGCAUUCGUCUGGCCGGGAUGCCAGUGGCGGCCGCCGUGACACCCCAGUGGCUGUCGGAGAGGACGGAAGGCUACUCGGGCGCCGAGGUUUCCGCUGUCUGUCACGAGGCGGCGCUGCUGGCGCUCGAGAGGGACGUAGAGGCCGACACCGUGGAGCUGGAAGACUUCCAGGUGGCGCUGCGCACAGUGCAGCCCCGGGUCACGGACUAUGACCUGGUGUACCGACAGUUUGCCGAAAAUCACCGAAAACGGUAGGUAGCUCAGGGGAUCUGCUCACACUGUUUUGUUAUGAAAUACACAUUGAGUGGAACUA